UCGUUCUGGGUUGAAGACAGCUGUGAGUGGAGGCCGUGAGCUUGGUGUGGUGUCCAGGUCGCUCAGUCGGUGACCAGAGAGCUGACUGGAUCUAACGGGUUCAUACAGACUCACCUCACUGAAAGCUGCUGCUCAGACCAGAACAUGGCUCAGAGAGGAUCUAAUCUGACUUCAGAGAACAUCUCUUGUUCCAUCUGUCUGGAUCUGCUGAAGGAUCCGGUGACUACUUCCUGUGGACACAGCUACUGUCUGGACUGUGUUAAUGCCCACUGGGAUUCAGAGGACCUGAAGGGAACCUACAGCUGCCCUCAGUGCAGGAAGACCUUCACACCAAGGCCUGUCCUGGAGAAAAACGUCCUGCUGGCAGAGUUAGUGGAGGAGCUGAAGAAGACUGGACUCCAAGCUGCUGCUGCUGAUCACUGCUAUGCUGGAGCUGAAGAUGUGGCCUGUGAUGUCUGCACUGGGAGGAAGAGGAAGGCUGUCAGGUCCUGUCUGGUCUGUCCGGCUUCGUACUGUGAGAUACACCUUCAGCCUCACUAUGAUUCACCUCCAUUAAAGAAACACAAGCUGGUGGAGCCCUCCAAGAACCUCCAGGAGAACAUCUGCCCUCAUCAUGAUAAGCUGAUGGAGAUCUUCUGUCGCACUGAUCAGCAGCUGAUCUGUUAUCUCUGCUCUGUGGAUGAACAUGAAGGACAUAAAACCGUCUCAGCUGCAGCAGAAAGGAAGCAGAAGCAGAAGAAGCUGGAGAAGAGUCGACUGAACGUCCAUCAGAGGAUCCAGGACAGAGAGAAAGACGUGAAGCUGCUUCACCAGGAGCUGGAGGCCAUCAAUGUCUAUGCUGAUAAAACAGUGGAGGACAGUGAGGAGGUGUUCAGCCAGAUGAUCCGUCUGAUCCAGAAAAGAAGCUCUGAGGUGAAGCAGCAGAUCAGAUCCCAGCAGGAGGCUGAAGUGAGUCGAGUCCAAGAGCUGGAGGAGAAGCUGCAGCAGGAGAUCAGUGAUCUGAAGAGGAAAGACGCUGAGCUGAAGCAGCUCUCAGAGACACCAGAUCACAGCCACUUCCUCCACGACUACCCCUCAGUGUCAGCACUCAGUGAGUCCACACACUCAUCCAGCAUCAGCAUCCGUCCUCGGAGACACUUUGAGGACGUGACAGCAGCUGUGGAAGAGCUCAGAGAUGGACUCCAGGACGUUCUGAGGGACGCAUGGACAAACAUCUCACAGGCCAUCACUCACGUGGAUGUUCUACUGUCAGAACCAGAACCAACGACCAGAGCUGAAUUCUUAAAAUAUUCACGAGAAAUCACUCUGGAUCCAAACACAGCACACCACUGGCUGUUGUUAUCUGAUGGGAACAGAAAAGCAGAACGUGUGAAAAAACCACAGUUUCAUCCUCGUCAUCCAGACAGAUUCACUGGCAGUUGGUGUCAGGCUCUGAGUAAAGAGAGUCUGACUGGACGUUGUUACUGGGAGGUGGAGUUGACAGGAAUGGGAGGUCUUGUAGCAGUCGCAUACAAGAGCAUCAGCAGAGCAGGACGGUCAAAUGAAUGUUAUUUUGGACAAAAUGACAAAUCCUGGGCUUUAGGUUGUUCCGCCCUCGGUUGUGGAUUUCACCACAACGAAACUAGAACUCCCGGCUCAGGUGUUCCUUCCCCCAGACUAGGAGUGUACCUGGACCACAGAGCAGGUGUUCUGUCCUUCUACAAGGUCUCUGACACCAUGACUCUCCUCCACAGAGACCAGACCACGUUCACUGAGCCGCUACAUGCUGGAGUUGUACUUGGUUCUGAUUCCGCGUUAGAGUUCAUUAAACUUGAAUAGACUGAAGUGUUUAGAGAGCAGCUGGUUCAGAUGUUUGAGUUUCCAGCUGAUUCAGUCUCAUUGUACCAGUAGAACACCACGACUUGUCUUUAAAAAAUAAAAUAACUGUAAAAAAUGUC